UAUCUGGAAAAGAGAGAAAAAAAACUUUUUGUACCGAAGGAAUCAACAGCCGCCAUCUUGUCGUGGCUCGGAAUUAGGAUUUCGGUAGAUCACAAUUUUGUAUUUAGAAAUUGAGCAUCCAAACCGAGGUUUGACGGAAAACUUCCCCUGAAAACGAACUAUUUUCACCUUUUCUGAAGUAUUUUUGACGAAAAAACGGGAAUUCGAUCGGUCGUCGUCGGCAAGAAAACCCCGUAUCUGAUUUCCCCUUAAGUGCGGCGCUCGAGUCCCUAUAGCCGUUCGGAGCAGUAUAUUGUUUACCGGGGAUAACCGGAGAAGAAACAGCUUGUUACUGACAAUUUUGCAAAAAAUAUAUAUUUUUUUGCAGUUGUACAUUUUAUGGAGCUUCAAACCAUUUUUGCAUGAAGACAUUUGACGUCAUAAAAAUGAGCUGUUUGAACAUCUAAAAUUAAAGAUUUAUGGGACAGAAAUACAAUUCAUGUUAAUGUUUUUAGAUUUAAUUUUAACGUACAUUUUUCAUGGGAUUUUUUUUAUUGGGGUUAUUUAACGAUAAUGUGGGUGUUGGUUGUUGGAUUAUCAUGGGUUGAAUGGCGGUGGCGAAGCGGGGCGCUGUUGCAUCUUUUUUGAAAAUCUCACCCUCACUGCUUGAAAAUUAGCCAGUUAGCCAACGUUAGCGAGCAAACCGCUUGCUAACGUGCUAACUAGAUAAAGGUGGAGGUUGUCAGAACAACCUGUUCUGUCCCAGGAAUUUCAUUUUUUUCAAAUAAUUAAAUAAGAAAUCCAUUAAAGAUCACAAUGGCUGAAAACCUGCUUGACGUCGGACCUCCCAACUCAAAGCGACCGAAGCUGAAUUCACCUGCGCUGUCAGCGUCAGAUGGACCAGUGGAUCUAGGCUCCUUAUCAUGGGACGACCUGGAGAACGACCUGCCAGACGAGCUGAUCCCCAACGGAGGCUCUGGCCUGGGGGGUAUGACGGGGGGCGGAAUGCCUUCCAAUGGGGGUAACGUCAACCCUGGGGGUCCUGGACCUCUGGGCUCCAAGGUCCCGGACGCAGUGGCCAAGCACAAGCAGCUGUCAGAACUCCUCCGGGUGGGUAGUGCCUCUGGUCUCAUCGGGGGUGCUGGAGGAGGAACUCAGCCCAGUGGCAUUGGGGGUCAGUUGGGUGCAGCACACGGGAAGAGCUCCUUGGGUCAAGGGUCGCCGAAAGCGGGGACCGGACAGAACUUCAACCAGUCUCUGGGGGGCCAUGCCGGGAUGUUAGGUCAGGGUGGGCAGCACCAGCCGGGCCAGGUGAUAAACGGAGGCCUGGGGCUGGGUCCUGGAGGUGGACGAGGCCGGGGUCAGUACCAGGCCACGCAGGCGGCACCAGGAGGAGGAGUGGGCAGCUCGCUGGCAGAGACACUCACACAGCAGGGCGGGCCACAGGUGGGCGCUGCCACCCUGAACGCUGCCGCCCAGCAGGCGGGCAACAUGAACAAGUUGGGCCUGGGCAGUAACGGUGGCAGUCCGUUUGGUGGUCAGUAUGGCCAGGGGGGGCCAGGGCAGGGGGUGAACCCCCAGCAGCUUCAGAACAAGGCAGCACCCCUUACCGCCGUCACCAGCGUGCCAAACCUGCUCCAGCAGCAGCCCGGGCAGCAGGUGCCCUCGGUGGGCAUGGUCCCUGUGCCCGGCAGUGUAUCCAUCUCUGGCCCCACGGCCGACCCGGAGAAGCGCAAACUGAUCCAACAGCAGCUGGUGCUCCUGCUCCACGCCCACAAGUGCCAGCGGCGCGAGCAAGCCAAUGGGGAGGUGCGGGCCUGCGCCCUGCCACACUGCCGCACCAUGAAGAAUGUCCUCAACCACAUGACCCACUGCCAGGCCGGCAAGUCCUGCCAGGUGGCUCACUGUGCGUCAUCCAGACAGAUCAUCUCACACUGGAAGAACUGUACGCGGCACGACUGUCCUGUCUGCCUGCCGCUAAAGAACGCCAGUGACAAGAAGAACCAGCAACCCUUGUUGAGUUCCCCCAACGCUGCCCUCCAGAACUCCCUGGCCUCUGUGGUCUCUGGCCCUCCCAGCUCUCCCUCCCUCAACACCCCCACCCCCAUCGACCCCUCCUCCAUGCAGAGGGCCUAUGCUGCCCUGGGCCUGCCGUACAGCAACCAGACCCCCACCCCCGGUCAGACCCCCCCAGAGGGACAGAACGCUACCAUGGGGCAGCAUCCACAGCUGAUGAGACCCAUCAAUGCACUAGGUAACCAGAUGGCUCUGGGGGGCGGGACGAUGGGCGUGGCCUCGUCAGAUCAGACCAAUCUGCACUCGGACUCUCUCAACGCCAACAAUCAGCUGCUGUCCGACGGGUCAGUUGUUGGCUCCAUGGGGGGUAGCCUGCCCACCGCCGCCCCCCUCUCAGCAUCUGGAGUCAGGAAGAACUGGCAUGAACACGUCACUCAGGACCUCCGCAACCACCUCGUCCACAAACUAGUACAAGCCAUUUUCCCCACCCCAGAUCCGGCAGCUCUAAAGGAUAGGCGGAUGGAGAACCUGGUGGCAUACGCUAGGAAGGUCGAGGGGGACAUGUACGAAUCUGCCAACAGCAGGGAUGAAUACUACCACUUUCUGGCAGAGAAGAUCUAUAAAAUCCAGAAGGAGCUGGAGGAGAAGAGGAGGUCUCGGCUCCAGAAACAGAUCAUCAACCAGGGGCCUCUGACGGCUGCAGGAGCCCAACAGCAGCCUGGAGGUCUCCAGCAGCCCAACACCCUGGGCCCUGGGCAGUCUGUUAGGCCACAGAAUGGACCUGUGUCUAUGCCCAAUGUGCCAAAUCAGAUCAUGAAUCGCAUGCAAAUUGUUCAAGGGCUCAAUCAGUUCAGCCCCAUGGCCCUGCCCAACAUCCAGAUGUCCCAGCAGCCUCUAGGCCCCCGUGCCGUCUCCCCCAUGAACCACCCCACACAGAUCAACAUAGGCUCCGUUCCCUCCAUGGGUCUGUCUCCCUCGCGGAUGCCACAGGCCCAGGGCAUGCUGGGAGCCCACGGCGGCGGCGGCAGCAUGGUGGGCCAGACGGCCAAUCAAAAUGGUCAAUUCCAUCCCCCUCAGACCCCAUUUCCCCCCUCUGCCUCCGGCGCCAUGAAUGCUAACAACCUGGGUCUAGGCCAGCCCCCAGCACAGGCUGCUGUCACACAGCAGCAGUCGCCGCAGCAGCAGAGUGCUAACCUCCCCAUGAGCGCACUUGGUCCCCUGGGCCCCCAGCUCCCCUCCCAGCCCCCCCUGCGCGCCACUCCUCCACCCUCUUCCUCCACAGGGGGGCCCACAACUAACCUGCAGCCCCCCAAGCCAUCCAGCCGCAGCUCAACCCCCACCCUUUCCACCCCCGGUCCUGGUCCUUCCAACACCCCUCCCCGCCCAAACCUGACCCAGCCUCCUCAACCCCAGCCACAUACCCCCCUCCAGCCACAGACUCAGUCCCAACCCCAACCGGAGCUUCCUACAGUGCAGCCCCCGACCACGCCGCUUUCUCAGACAGGUGCCAGUCUGGAUAACCGGGUGCCCACCCCAGCUUCUGCCGCCAGCGGCGACUUGCAUUCGCACUCCCAGCAUGCUUUGCCUGACCUGCCGGCCCAGGAGACCAAGGCCGAGCCGCGGCUUAGGGACCAGCGGGAGUUUGAGUCUGCCAGUGGCAAGACCGAGCCCAAGAUGGAGACUGAGGAGGACUCUGGUUCACUGUCAGUGAAGGAGGAGCCAGAAGAGAAGCAGGUGCCAAUGGAGACUGAGGAAAAGAAGCUGGAGAUGAAGACUGAGCCCAAAGAGGAGGAGGGGGGAGGAGCCAACGGCUCAGUGUCCUCAUCCCCUUCUCAGUCACGGAGGAAAAUCUUUAAGCCAGAGGAGCUGCGCCAGGCUCUCAUGCCCACCCUAGAGUCUCUUUACAGACAGGACCCAGAGUCUCUACCCUUCAGACAGCCUGUAGACCCCAUGGUACUGGGCAUCCCAGACUACUUUGACAUCGUAAAGAACCCCAUCGACCUGUCCACCAUAAAGCGUAAGCUGGACACGGGUCAGUACCAGGAACCCUGGCAGUACGUGGAAGACAUCUGGGUCAUGUUCAACAACGCCUGGAUCUACAACCGCAAGACAUCCCGCGUCUACAAGUUCUGCUCCAAGCUGGCCGAGGUGUUUGAGCUGGAGAUAGACCCCGUUAUGAUGAGCCUUGGCUACUGCUGCGGCCGCAAAUAUGAGUUCUCUCCUCAAACUCUCUGCUGUUAUGGUAAGCAGUUGUGCACCAUACCCACCGGCGGCACCUACUACAGCUACCAGAACAGGUAUCAUUUCUGUGAGAAGUGCUUCAAUGAGAUCCAGGGGCACAAUGUGACGUUAGGGGACGACCCGGCACAACCACAGACAAUGAUAUGUAAAGACCAGUUUGAGAGGAAGAAGAACGAUACACUAGACCCUGAACCGUUUGUGGACUGUAAAGAUUGCGGACGGAAGAUGCAUCAGAUAUGUGUUCUUCACUAUGACGUCAUCUGGCCAUCCGGAUUCAUCUGUGACAACUGUUUGAAGAAGAGUGGGAAAACACGGAAAGACAACAAGUUUUCUGCAAAACGGUUGCAGACGACGCGGUUGGGCAUGUACAUCGAGGACCGGGUGAAUAAGUAUCUGAAGAGGCAGAACCACCCUGAGGCAGGGGAGGUGUACGUACGAGUGGUGGCCAGCUCUGACAAAACUACAGAGGUCAAACCUGGCAUGAAAUCCAGGUUUGUGGACACCGGGGAGAUGUCUGAAACCUUCCCCUACAGAACCAAAGCGCUUUUUGCCUUUGAGGAGAUCGACGGCGUGGAUGUGUGUUUCUUCGGGAUGCACGUUCAGGAGUACGGCUCGGACUGCUCCUUCCCCAACACCAGACGGGUUUACAUAUCUUACCUGGACAGUAUUCACUUCUUCAAACCUCGACUGCUAAGGACGGCCGUCUAUCAUGAGAUCCUUAUUGGCUACCUGGAGUAUGUAAAGAAACUCGGCUACUCUCAGGGUCACAUCUGGGCGUGCCCCCCCAGUGAGGGGGACGACUACAUCUUCCACUGCCACCCUGCCGACCAGAAGAUCCCCAAGCCCAAGAGGCUGCAGGAGUGGUACAGGAAGAUGCUGGAGAAGGCCUUCGCUGAGAGGAUCCUCCAUGACUUCAAGGACAUCUUCAAGCAGGCGACAGAGGACUGUCUGACGGGGGCCAACGAGAUGCCCUACUUUGAGGGGGACUUCUGGCCCAACGUGCUGGAGGAGAGCAUCAAGGAGCUGGAACAGGAGGCGGAAGAGAGGAAGAAGGAGGAGAACGUAGCCUGCUCCGACACACCUGAGGGCACGCCGGGGGACACGAAGAACGCCAAGAAGAAGAACAGCAAGAAGACCAAUAAGAACAAGGGCAGCGUGAGCCGAACCAAUAAGAAGAAGCCUGGCAUGCCGAUUGUAGCCAAUGACCUGUCCCAGAAGCUCUACGCCAGCCUCGACAAACACAAAGAGGUGUUCUUUGUGAUCCACCUGCACUCGGCCCAGAUGGCCAACAUGUUGCCCCCCAUCAUGGACCCUGACCCCCUGCUGAACUGUGACCUGAUGGACGGCCGCGACGCCUUCCUCACCCUGGCCCGGGACAAGCACUGGGAGUUCAGCUCUCUCAGGAGGUGUAAGUGGAGCACCAUGUGCAUGUUGGUGGAGCUGCACAACCAGGGUCAGGACCGCUUCGUCUACACCUGUAACGAGUGUAAACACCACGUGGAGACACGCUGGCACUGUACCGUCUGUGAGGACUUUGACCUGUGUAUCAACUGCUACGCCGCCAAGGGCCACGAGCACCAGAUGGUCAAGUGGGGCCUGGGGCUGGACGACGACGGCAAUGGAGCGGGCAGCGCCGGCGAGGCCUCUAAGAGCCCCCAGGAGUCACGCCGUCUCAGCAUCCAGCGUUGCAUCCAGUCCCUGGUUCACGCCUGCCAGUGUCGCAACGCCAACUGCAGCCUGCCGUCCUGCCAGAAGAUGAAGCGCGUGGUGCAGCACACCAAAGGUUGCAAGAGGAAGACUAACGGUGGUUGCCCCGUGUGCAAGCAGCUCAUCGCUCUGUGCUGCUACCAUGCCAAGCACUGCCAGGAGAACAAGUGUCCUGUACCGUUCUGUCUUAACAUCAAGCACAAGCUUAGGCAGCAGCAGCUCCAGCACCGCUUACAGCAGGCUCAGAUGAUGAGGAGAAGAAUGGCCACCAUGCAGGGAAGAGCAAUGCCUCAGAGCUUACCGUCCCCCCCUCAGGCCCCCACUACAGCCCCCAACACAACCCCCUCACACCCCCAGCCUAACACACCCCAAACCCCCCAACAACCGCAGACCCCAAACGCUGCAGGUAUGUCACCGGUGUUCCCUCCUCGCAACGGUCAUCCCCUUACGCCAGCUUCCCAGGGCAAGGGGGGACCUCAAGCGUCUCCUUUACACCAGCAGCAGUCACCUCUCCCCCCGCAACCUCCCCAACCUCAACCUCAACAACCUUCUCAACCACAACCCCCUCUCGCUGCGGUCAAGAUGGCGCGGCACAUUGAGAUGGUGGCCCAGGCGCAGCAGCAGAACCAGCAGAACUACCGGGUCAACAUGAACGGCCUGCCACUGCAACAGAACCCCCAGCCUCACCCCCAGCAGCAGCAACGCAUGGCCGGACCCAUGCAGAUGGUUGGGGGUCAAAUGGUGGGACCCAGAGGGCCCCAGGGCAUGCAGCAGCCCAUGGCCCCAGGUCAGUGGCCCAGCGCUGGGGGAGCCAUAACGGGAGCUCAGCCUGGACAACCAGGAGUUGGAGUCCCUCCUCAGGUGGGUCAACCCCAGCAGGGGAUACCGAUGCAACAGAGACCCAUGUUGUCUCCUCAGCAACAGGUUCAGAGGAUGUUAGUCCCCCAGCCGGGGGGUCCCAGACCCCAGACGCCAUCCCAGAGACCCGGGGCCAUCGCCCCCAAUGCCCUCCAGGACCUCCUGAUGACCCUUAAGUCCCCCAGCUCACCCCAGCAGCAGCAGCAGGUCCUCAACAUCCUGAAGUCCAACCCCCAGCUCAUGGCGGCAUUCAUCAAACAGAGAACGGCCAAGUACCACGCCAGCAACCCCCUGCAACAACAGCAGCCAGGGAUGUUGGGAGCCCAGACAGCGAUGCAGGCUGGGGCCGGGGUGGGCCAGAGGCCCGGGAUGCCCCCUCAGCAACCUCAACAACCCACUGCCCAAGGGAUGGCUACCUUAGGACCCCAGGGGCAACUCAUGAACCCUGGACACAACCCCCAACCCAACGCUGCCCAGAUACAGGAGCUCUACCGGAGGCAGCUCCUUCGACAACAGCAGCAGCAGCAACAGCAGCAGCAACAGCAGCAACAACAGCAGCCCCAUCCAGGUCCGUUCCCUCCCCAGACCCAAGGCCAGACGGCCAGCUACUCUCAGCUCCGCAUGCAGCAGCUAGCCAUGCAUGCCCAGGGCCAGCUCCCUCCCAUGGCCCAGAUGGGUCAAUCUGGCCUGGGCAUGGACCCCACCUCCACCACCCAGAACCUCUUGCACCAGCGGAUGCUCCAGCAACAACAGCAGGGUAUCUCUAACCAACAGGCCAUCCUCAAGCAACAGAUGGGCGGUUCCCCGGUCCUGCCUAGCCCCACCAUGAGUCCCCAGGCCCACCUGCUGGCCAGCCAGCCCCAGCCUGGAGCUCACCUCCCUGGCCAGUCCCCAAUGGCCAAUGCCCUCUCCAACCGGUCCCCUGCACCUGUACAAUCCCCGUGCCCGCCCUCGCAACAACCCCCACAUUCCAGCCCUUCGCCCCAGGUUCAGCCCUCAUCCCACCCAGGGUCCCCCCACCCGGGCUUGGGGGGCCCCAUGCCUGGCUCCAUGGACCAGGGACACUUGGCGGAGCAGAGCGCUAUGCUAUCGCAGAUGAACACGCCCGCCAGAGGAGGGUUGAAGAAUGACUUGGGCACUGGAGGGGAUACGACAGGAGAUACGCUGGAGAAGUUUGUGGAGGGAUUGUAGCAUUAAACAGGAGACUUGGGUUGUGUCCCAAAUAGGUGACACCCUAUUUCCAACUAGUACACUCGGGCCCUGCUCAAAAUUUGUGCAUUAUGUAGGGAAUAGGGUGCCAUUUGGGAUGCAUACAGAAACAAACCACACUCUCCCCAUCCUCCACUGAUGUACUCAGACUCUGGGUCCGUCCCCUUUUUGAGACUUUGUUCUUAAUGAAACUCUUUCUUUUUUUCUCUUUUUUUUUUACUGACAUGUACAAAGUUUCAAGAGAUGUAAAAAGAGAGAAAAUGGGAUAAAAUGAAAAAUGCCAACACUUAUAGGGGAAUGUUGAUGUUUCCUAAAACUGGUGUUUCUUCUUCCUAAUGAGUCGGGAUUUUGCAAAUUGCUGUUUAAAAGACGUUUAAAUCACAAAGAAUAUAUAUUUUUUUGGUUGAGACCAAAAUGUGCUCAGACUUUGUUUUAUUUGUUUGGUAUUUGGUAUGAUGUCAUGCCUUUUUCAUUUUCUUUUUUUAAGGAAAAUUUACAAAACAAUUGCAUUAUAGUAUUCAUACUUAUAAUUUUGUACCCUUUUUUUGUGUUGAGACUGUAAAAUAUUUUUGUCUGGGAAUCGGGAUAGGUUUCUUUUCUCAAGCUCUUCUCAUUCCUGGGACAUACAUCCAGAAAAUGUCUCCCUGAUCCCAAUAUAGUGUAGGGCACUGUAUAAGGAGUAGGGAGGGAGUCAUUCCAGAUGUAGCCCUGGCAAUUGUAAUCUAAAGUGUUGUACAAUUUUUAUAGAUCCACCUGCAUUUGAGAGGGAGGGACUCUUUUUCCUCUUUGUGACGUGUGUGUGUGUGUGUGUGUGUGUGUUCGAUGAGAACUAUCCAUUUGUAUUGAAAUAGGAAAUGGACUAUGGCAGUUUGUAAUACACUGGCAUUUAUGCAGAAACACUUGACACACAUAUACACGGAAUGCCAAACUCUCAAAAUACACACAAAACGAGGACAAAAUCUCACUAGCCUGGAAACCGGAAUCUCUGUCUUGACUUGCGGAUGUAGAAAAUUGUGGUUCUGUCAUUUAAAAAGUUUGUCAUAAUUUGUUGUGUAAAGUUAAGUAUAUUAAGAGAACAGACUCUUAUCCUGAGGGGGAAUGGGGGACAGAAGGACUCCUAUCCUGAGGGGGAAUGGGGGACAGAAGGACUCCUAUCCUGAGGGGGAAUGGGGGACAGAAGGACUCCUAUCCUGAGGGGGAAUGGGGGACAGAAUGACUCCUAUCCUGAGGGGGAAUGUGGGACAGAAGGACUCCUAUCCUGAGGGGGAAUGGGGGACAGAAGGACUCCUAUCCUGAGGGGGAAUGGGUGUUCAUUGCUUGACUGCUUGUUUGUUUUGAAAAGAGAAAUAAAUGGUCCAGCUGUCUAUCAACCCUCCAUCCUCAUUCCCCUCUCUCAAAAACACAAACUUGAAUAAAACUUUGGGUGGGUUACGUUCUCCUAGCUCCAUAUUGUAAAUCAUGCAAGUCGUUAUUAAGCAAAAAUACUAUAAAUAUAAGGAAGAGCGAAUGAAAUCACUGUAUAAACUGGUUAAAGACUCAUUUCUUACUUAUAUACCAUAUUGUUAAAUAAACUGUGUGCAACAGUUAACACUUGGAGUUAUA